ACCCUUGGUCUUCCACUACCUGGUCGGUCAUCUGUAGUGUUGUGGUCUUGUACCGUUGUUGGGUGGAAGCAUGGACAGGUGUCAGUUUAGCAUGUGUUUGAUACAUAUGCAAAGUUUCGUAAUUAACAAUUGAACGGUAUCACUCGCUGCACUUCAUUGAACAAAAUGUUACGGACGAACGGACGGAGGACAGACGGACAACACCCAUUCCUAUAUCCGCCUCCAUGAAGUGGGUAAUAAAGGGUUUUCCCUUAUCUUUCUCAACUGUCACGAACUUUGCUACUAAUGACUCCAUGUGGUGAACGAUAGCUUUAGCUAUGAACGUGUAAUUAUAUGCCAUGUUGAUAAAACAUGUAUAUGGUCAUUUUCCUAUUUUCUAUAAUGAACACCUAUUGUUUCAUAGUUCAUAUAGUGUAUAUAUUUUUAGGAAUGUUUUCAAAAACGUUUUAUGGUAGGCAUACGCAAUACAUUUCUUAAUUAGACGCAUCAGGGACAAAAAUGAUGUCUGAUGUAAUUCCCUAUUUUGACUAGUACCAUAAUUAUGUUUGUUGCAAGCCUCGGAGUUUUUACACUUUUAUCAACUCGUGUUGAUAUAUUUGGUAUCGAAAGACACUUGGGUGAGAUUCUCUAUAUAUACACAAUGCAAAAUAUUUUAAUAAUAUCACGAGGUCACUAUAACACUUAAAUGUCAGCAUAGGGGAUCUUGAGCCGUGUUUAGACGUUGUCAAAACACAUUUCCGUUGCGUAUUUCCGUUGCAUAUGCCUACUAAAUGUGAUAAAAAACAUGCGUACUCGUGUGUAGGAUUGAUGCGUUUAUUAUACAACUUGUGCGUGCACGGUGAAACGUGUUCGUAUUCCGAAAGCUUCUUGCGACCGCCAUAUGAAUGUCUUCACCAUGCACAAUGUUUUAUUCAUAUGGCUGGACUAAAAUUGUGACAUUUUAGUACGAUUGUAUUGCUGCACAUUUACCACAGUUAUAGCUUCAGAGACCUUGUGGUUUCUGCAAGGACACACAAUACAUGAAACACUACCCAAUAGACCGCACGAAACAAUACGAAUGUGGAUUUAGCCCCAUGAACAUAUCUGAGUUCACCGUGGCGCUGAACAUCUUUGUGCAGUUCAGGUUUAUACCUUCACCCACUUCCAUGAAGAAUUCGAAAACAGGCGAUGAACGUUGACGUAUAGCGUCAUACCAUAAGCUUACUCGGCACUUCCAUACUGACGAGCCCCACUGUGUCAAGAGAAUGCGUGCUACAAUUGGUCGAAUAACAGACAAUCAAUAGAUAUGGAUUUGUAAAUCAAUUGAUAUGGAUUUUGGUAAACAACAUCUGUACUCACGCAGUUUGAGGAUACCGUUCAUCUGGUUGGUCGGUUGGAACUUACUGGCCCAAGAAGAUUAUGAAUAUAUCAAUGUAUAACCGAGAAUUCGUUUGUUUCUUCGUCGUAGAGUUGACUUUCGUGAUCGUACUUGCAUAUGUAUGUUUGACGUCCCACCAAACUGUCAAUCACAAGACCCGGAUACACAAACAAGCACGCUCCAACCAUUCUGUAAAGGAAGAAAAUGUUUCACCCGAAGAACUGAGGAGAGAAACUGGGCAGUCAUGUGUUUUCCCUGUACAUUCACCAAGUCUUGUUCCAUGUCAGCAGAACAACCUCAGAGAGAAACGACGAAUACUAAAAGAAGCGCUACCAUGGCUUGAUCUUGAGACGACCUUGAAUGCGUCCAAGACACUUCUCCCCGGGGGAUACCACCAACCGCUUGGAUGUGCCUCACCACAGCGACUUGCCAUAAUAAUUCCCUACAGAGACAGAGAGGUGAACCUGAAGAUCCUCCUCAACAACCUCCACAGAGUGCUCCAGAAACAACAGGCGGAAUAUGCCAUCUUUGUAGUGGAGCAGGAUAAUAGUACACCGUUUAACAGAGGAGUGAUUAAAAACAUUGGUUACCUUGAAGCCAAGGCUCGUUGUCAUUUUGACUGUUUCACCUUCCAAGAUGUCGACUUGGUGCCUGAGAGUGAGAGGAAUACCUACUGGUGUGGUGCGAGGGCUUUACAUCACUCUCGGGAACUCGACAUACUGAAAUACAGGAUAUUUUACAAGAAUCACUUUGGUGGAGUGAUCACCUUCAACGAGACAUUUUUCUCCGCCAUCAAUGGUUACUCCAACUUGUUCUUCAUGUGGGGAGGUGAAGAUGAUGACCUGUUUCACAGAUUGCUGAAGAAAGAAAUGCCAUAUGAAUUCAGCAGAUAUCCUCGUUACACUGCUUUGACGCAUAAAAAAGACCCGCACCAUACAAAGGAAGAGAGGGCUGUGUAUGGAAAAAGUCACCUCCGAUUUAAGAACGACGGCCUCAACAGUAUGGGACGACUUUACCGGUUAAUAUCUGUGGACUACAAGCCUCUAUAUACCCGAAUAUAUGUUUCUGUCAAUCAAACUGAAGUACUCACUCAGCUGAAGCAUUAUGGCAUUAGGUUAUGAAUGUUUCACUGGUUAGAACACGUCAUGGUCUCGGCAGUAACCUUUUUCUUAUUAAUCAGUAUAAUAUAUAUGAUCUAAUAUGACUUCCGUUAUUCCACCCUCGUGUUUUGAGGUUCUUGAUUAUCAGCAUACAUGUCAACAUCUCAGAGAUGACGCUCACUACAGGAAAUUUCACUCAUUUAUUAAGAAAUAUUUAUUCAACAAAAUAUAUUUUCCAUCUUUCUGGCUCUUCACCAAAAAGUACAAUGGGGCCCUAAAGCCCCCACUGCACACUAUAAAAAAACUUGGUCUUAAUCCGUUUGGACCCCACGGUCCGUAGGAUGGUGGCCUAAUUUUGGUUGCUGGUGAUCUGUAGCCUUUUUUAUUUUGUGUUUUAUAUUAGAUCCUUUUUGAACAAGCUUUCGGCAAUUUUCGACAAGGUUGGUUAUUCUCUUGCAAUGACAAUUUAUAUUUACGUGUACAACAUUAAAUCGGGGGGAGUUUGUAAAGACAUGGGAACUAUCUUGUGAUGUUUGCACUAACCCUAUUACCCCAGGCAAUCUAGGUCAUUUUCCACUCAACUGGGAACAAAUUCAAACAGAAUUUAUUUCACCACAAAGCAUUUCAAGUCCCAAGCAAUCCCAGUUUGGGAAAUAUGUCUAAUUUGCAUAAUCCAAUCUGGCCACCUAUAAUCAAUAUAUUGUCCAUAUGUCAGAUGCGGUUCAAUGUUUUGAUGAAAAAAGCAUGUGUUGUAUUGCGAAAUAGCCAUAUUAUGUUUCUAAACAGAUAUUCACAACUACUGAACGUUUCCAACUAUUGACAAAUCUGCAAAAAUUCAAGAUUUCAAGAUGGCCGACAAGUUUCCUAUAUGUGUGUUUACACUGUUGAAUCUUUAAACUCUAAAACAGUGUGCCAGGACUUAAAUGCAUGUAACUUGCCACACUUACUCACUGAAGAGUACUUAACACUUUAAGAAAGAAACUCAGUCACCAGAGCCCCCUGGUGGCCCAAAAAUCCAAGAUGGCCGACAAGAGUUUGAUGGCUAGGCAUAGAAUAUCAAUACACUGUUGGCCUCUAAUGACAUAUUUAAGUGAUUUAAACUUCUACAUUGGAGUAAACAGACCCAAGGAUACAUGUGUAAUACUCAGUUAUUUGCAUAAAUCCAAUAUAACCAGCACAUAUCAAUAUUUAUCUCUUAAAUGACGAGUUUUGUCGAGUUUGGAUAUCAAUGUUGAUUGUUAUUGUCUGAAUCUACUUAUUAACAUGACAAUAAACGCUACAACAAGU